AUGUCAGCAGUAUACUGUCCUCCUAGACAUUCUAUCUCUAAAGAGGACUUCGAUAACCUCGGCAAUAGAUUCAUAGCAGGAGGAGACUACAACACUAAACAUACCCAAUGGGGCAGCAGACUUAUUACAGUAAGAGAUCAUUCACCAGUAAUAGCAAUAAUUAACUCAACAAUUACUGAAAAUUUACCUAAUGGCUUCAUUCACAACCAACUCACCAACUGGCAACUCUUUAGAGAAUUCUUCAAUCACACAACAGCCUCAAUCCGCUUAAAAACAAACGAAGAUAUAGAAGUAGCCGCCGAAUACCUAAACACCAGCAUAGUAAACGCUAUCCGUUCUUCUACACCUAUCAAGAGCUUCAACAAUAAACACGAAUAUCCCCACUACAUAUUAAAAAAAAAUCAUAGAAAAACGCAGACUUAG